CACGCCCAGGGAGGAGUGAGGAUGGCGAGGAGGAGAUAGAGCCGGCGGCGCCGGGGAGGCAAACAGAGGGCGGAUAAGAGGAGUGGCGGACGUCCGGCCUUGGUCUGCGUCUGUCCUCAGCUUCCUGGACCUCAUCCAAUGGCUGGGCCUGGACACGGUUGGCGCUGGCUAAUGGCGGCGGCGCUCCUGGCCGGCAUGGCGGCGGCUGGUGGGGAGCUGGCGGCACCGGUAAAGGCGGCGGCCGGAACAAACCACAGCCAUGGUUCCAUCUCAGGGAUCCCCAUCGUCUCCUUUAAGUGGCACCACGUGGAGAUGCCCUACCUGGUGUCCCUGUGGGUGCUGGUGUCCUUUCUGGGGAAGCUGGUUAUCGAGUCCAACCAUCACGUGACCAACAUCAUCCCCGAGAGCGCCCUUCUCAUCUGCUUCGGCUUCAUCCUGGGGGGGAUGAUCUGGGGGGCGGACAAGGUGCAGACCUUCACGUUGACCCCCACCGUCUUCUUCUUCUACCUGCUGCCGCAGGUCAUCCUGGACUCCGGCUACAGCAUGCCCAACAAGCUCUUCUUCAGCAACAUGGGCGGCAUCAUGGUCCACGCCAUCAUCGGGACCUGCUGGAACGCCGCCAGCCUGGGGCUGUCGCUGUGGGGGUGCCACAAAGGGGGAGCCAUGGGUGAGGCCAGCAAUCAAGNNNNUGCAGUACCUGCUGUUCGGCAGCCUGAUCGCAGCCGUGGACCCGGUGGCCGUCCUGGCCGUGUUCGAGCAGGUGCAUGUUAACGAGGUCCUGUUCAUCAUGGUGUUCGGAGAGUCGCUGCUGAACGACGGGGUGACCGUGGUGCUCUUUAAUGUGUUUGAUUCAUUUGUGUCGCUGGGAGGGUCGAAGAUAGACGCUGCAGAGAUCAUCAAAGGAAUCAUUUCCUUCUUUGUGGUGGCGUUCGGCGGCUCGCUGGUGGGCUUCGUGUUUGGCCUGCUCAUCGCUUUGCUGACCAGAUGCACCAAGAACAUCCAGAUCAUCGAGCCGGGCUUCAUCUUCGUGCUGGGAUACCUGGCCUACCUGACGGCCGAGAUGCUCUCGCUGUCGGCCAUCCUGUCCAUCCUGUUCUGCGCCAUGUGCUGUCAGAAGUACAUCAACGCCAACAUGGACGAGACCUCGGUCAACACGGUACGCUACGCCAUGAAGGUGUUCGCCAACGGCUCGGAGACCAUCAUCUUCGUCUUCCUGGGCAUCUCGGCCAUCGAUAAGACCAUCUGGGUGUGGAACACAGGCUUCAUCCUGCUCACGCUGUUCUUUAUCCUUGUAUAUCGCUUUAUCGGUGUGUUUUUCCUCACCUGGAUCCUGAACAAGUUCAGGCUGGUGCCCAUAGAGCUCACUGACCAGGUGAUCAUGAGCUACGGUGGCCUGCGAGGGGCAGUUGCCUACGGUUUGGCAACCCUGCUGGAUGAGAACAAGAUAAAGGAGAAGAACCUGAUGGUGUGCACGACUCUCAUAGUCGUCUACUUCACCGUCAUCUUUCAGGGAAUCACCCUGAAACCUCUGGUCAACUGGCUGAAGGUGAAGCGGGCCGCCGUGACCGAACUGACGCUGGUGGAAAAAGUCCAAAACAGGAUGUUUGAUCACAUGCUUGUUGCCAUUGAGGACAUCUCAGGACAAAUAGGACACAACUACAUGAGGGGCAAAUGGAAUAACUUCGAGGAGAGGUGGAUGUCCUGGCUGCUGAUGAAGCCGUCAGUGAGGAAGAAGCAGGACCGAGUGUUCAACACUUUCCACAAGCUGAACCUGAAGGACGCCAUGAGCUAUGUGGCCGAGGGGGAGCGCCGCGGUUCGCUGGAGUUCAUCCGGAAUGAAAACGCCAUCGUCGACUUCAAGAAAAAGUUUGGAGACGACAUGUCCGACGUCAUGUCCGACGUCAUGCCCGACAUCAUGGCCGACAUGUCAGAUGACCACGGCGCCACGGCGAUGAGGGACCCGGUGCCAUCGGUGAGCCUGGAGAUGCACGAGCAGACGAUGAAGAACCUGAGGGAACCGGAGGACCUGAACGCCCACCACCUGCUGCAGCAGCACCUGUACAAGGGCAGGAAGCAGCACCGCCACAGGUACAGCCGCAGCCACUUCGACAUCAACAAGGACGAGAACGAGGUCCAGGAGAUCUUCCAGAGGACCAUGAGGAGCCGCCUGGAGUCCUUCAAGUCAGCAAAGAUGGGCGUGGCCCCACCCAAGACUAUUUCCAAGCACCCCAAGAGGGAGCAGAAGGUCAGAGACUCCGCCCCCACCGGACAGACCGGGACUUUAAGGCUCAGCUCCCAGCAGAACCUGCCGAACGGCCGAAACAAGAGCUCCCACUCCGGUGAUGAAGAUUUCGAGUUCUCGGAGGGUGACAGCGCAUCUGGAUACGACCCGUAUCGGCAAAGCGUCCCCAUGAGGGUCACCUACAGGGCGGGAGCUGGGAUCGAGAACCCGGCCUUCAUGCCGGACCUGGACCCGUCGGCGCCGCUGCAGAUCCCGCCCUGGCUGGCGGAGGCGGAGCUUGAUGCCGGCGCCGUGGCGCCAUCGCAGCGGGCUCAGGUGAGGCUGCCGUGGGCGGCCGGCGCGCUGCACCGCCUGGCGCCGCUCCGCAUCAGCACGCGCUCAGACGACUCCUUCAUGAUGGCGGCCGCCGCGGUGCUGCCCGCACAGGACGAUGACCAACUGCCGCCGCCGCCACCACCGCCUCACAGAGACGGCAACCAGCUGUAG